AUGGUGGUGUUUAUAGACCAUUCGCUCGAAGAUGCGUCUCUGAGCGAACCUGUUGGCGGCUUCUUCGAGGCAGGGAAAAUACCACCGCCGCCACUCACCAAAGAUUGUCAGUUCAUGCUCGCCGCAUCCUUGUCCCAACUGCGAACUGGCGAUUGUACCAGGGCGGAUAUGGUUGAUAAAACUGGGCUCGAGAGGGAUAGAGAUCCUUCGUGUUUGAAUGGCUUGAUAUCUAUGGCAUUAAGCUGCUACCCGUACGCAAAAACAUCACACCUUUUGCUGUUGUUGCUGUUGUUAUUGCUGCUGUUGUUGUUGAGGAUGAAAUAUGUUGAUUCACUCUAUAUAUUUCCUCCUUUUUUGAAUGCUGUGGUAUCUAGCAAUUUCUUGUCCAAGAUUGUUGACCAUAUGCAUUGCUUGUCUCUACGUUCUUCUCUACAGGAUAGUGACCAUGCUCGCUCG